UGCCGACUUUGUCACCUUUGCCAUGUACCGCUUCAUGUUCAUGCCCACGGUGCCGCCCAACCCGCGUCCUGAAAAUCUCUCGCCGCUGCCAAAGUUCGAAUGCUUCUCACUUCUCACGCCCUCGAUCUACCGGCUCCUUUCGGCCCAUCCGAGCCUCAGGACCCUCAUCCCAAUUGCUCUCUUCUACUCGGCCCAGUUUCUCAAAAUGGCGAGACACACUCAUCAGUCCCGGCGCCGGCAGGCGCAGAUCUCGUCCAGUACUGUGCCUCCCACCUCCCUCCCGACUCGUACCAUACCCACAACCGAGCCACUGUCGUCCAGCUGCCCGUCCUCGACCUCGCCCUCGGAUGCGUCGCCGCAGCAGCCUCCGUCCGACAAUACCUUCGCCGCCCCCACCACCGCCGGCGAGCCGCUUGCCAUCACCCUGGUCGAUUCCCACGGCUUGACGACAGAGUUCCCGACACAAGCCAUCUUUUUUGUCUCCAUCAUCCUUGCCCAAAAGUUCCACUGCGACCAACGCUUCUCCAAUGCCUCGUGGUCCAAGAUUUUUGAUAUCCCGCUCGAAAACCUCAACCUAUACGAGCGCGAGCUCCUCCGUACCAUCCAGUAUUCGCUCAACAUCAAGCCAAAGACCUACACCUCGUGGAUCGUCAUCUUGCGCACGCUCCAAACCGAAUACCGCAACCGAUUCAUACAAGCCUCGGCACAAUCCAUGCCGGCUUGCAAUUCGUCGCCAAGCCGACCUCGGCCGCUUUCGCCUUCGCCUCCCCGCACGGCCCCUCCCUCGGUUUCACGCCUGCCUUCUCCUUCGGCAUCGCACAUUCCCCCACCUUCGUUCUCACACAUGCCUCCACCCUCGGCCUCGCAUCUCCCUUCUCCCUCGCCCUCGGAGCUUUCGUCGUGCCACGCCGUGCUUCAUUUUUGAGACAACGCAUCCUCGUGUCCCCGCAGGAUCGCCAAGGAAUCAUCUCUUGGCUUUCCUCGGCGACCCCCAGACCUUUUGGGAUACCCCCACCCUCGUACAUUCGACUCAUCUGACCCCCUCCCGGUCACUUGUUCAGUCUCGAGCAUUUCUUGGUGUCCCUCACCUGGUCAUCUCGCCCGUCCAAGAACGCAAAUAUGCCUGUCUGUGUGCCCCGACCCUCUGUUUGAGGCACCUCGUUGCGUUCUCACCUGGACCAACCAGACCCGCUGCUGUGGGAUAAUAUGUG